AAACGCACGAUGAUGACGCUUGCAAAGCGCGACACGCAGACUGGAGGAGAGCUCAACGUGCUUGUAGCACUGUAAGGAUUUCCACCUGCAAAAAUGGUGAAGUCUGGAAAACUAAAAUCUGGAGCAGCCCAGAAAAUAAGGCGGUGGAAGAAAGGGCACAGUAGUGAUAGCAAUCCGGAGACAUGUCGCUAUCGAAAAGCCGCGAGGAGCCGAUAUUUCAGCCGUCCCUCAGAAAAAAGUGAUCUGACAGUAGAUGCCUUGAAACUCCACAAUGAGCUUCAGUCAGGAUCUUUGCAGAGAAGCGGUGAUGUGGCAGGAGAUGCCAUGGAAGAUCAAGCCCUCACAGAGAAAACCUCUGGGACUUUUCUCAGUGGACUGUCAGACUGCUCCAACCUCACUUUUAGAAAAGUGCAGCGCUACUGGGAGUCAAACUCUGCAGCACAUAAAGAGAUCUGUGCUGUAUUGGCAGCCGUAACUGAAGUGCUUCGCUCUCAAGGAGGAAAGGAGACCGAGACGGAGUACUUUGCAGCCUUGAUGACGACACUUGAGGCUGUAGAUAGCAGCGAGUCACUGGCAGCUGUUGCAUACCUCCUUAACUUGGUCAUGAAAAGGAUGCCAGCUGCAGUGCUUAAGAAAAAGUUCUCGGACACAGCCAAAGCCUUCAUGGAUGUGAUGUCAAACCAUGCCAAUUCUGACUCUUUGUCCUGCCUUCGAUGGGUCUUAUCCUGUCUGGCGACUUUGCUGCGUAAACAGGAUCUGUCAGUGUGGAGUUACCCAUCAACUCUACAGGUGUACCAUGGCCUGCUGGUCUUCACAGUACACUCUAAACCGAAGGUGCGAAAGGCAGCACAGCAGGGUGUUUGCUCCAUCCUUCGCUACAGCGACUUCAUGUUCUCAGAUAAUGCCCCGAGUCACCACCCAGCAGCCGUCACCACAGCCAAAUUCUGCUGCAAAGAAUUGGAGCAGUCAGGAGGCAGCAAAGAAGACACAACCACUCUCCAUGUGCUGGGUCUUCUGAAGGACCUGCUGUCUGCAUUCCCCCUGAACUCAGUCAAGUCUUGCUGUGAGACCCUUCUCCGUGUCAUGACCCUGAGCCAUGUGCUGGUGACCGCAAAUGCGAUGCAGGCUUUCCACAAGCUCUUCAUUAGCAAACCCAGUCCUUCCAGUAUGUCUGCAGAGCUCAAUGCCCAGAUCAUCACAGCUUUAUAUGACUAUGUUCCUAGUGAGAAUGAUCUGCAGCCUUUACUAGCAUGGCUUGCUGUAAUGGAAAAGGCCCAUGUUCAUCUCUCCAGUUUACAGAGCUCUCUGAGUCUCGGUCAUCUUCCUCGCCUCUUCUCGGUCGCCAUGUCGUGUCUUUUAUCCCCGCACACGCAAGUGGUCUCUGCUGCAACCCAGACUCUUAAGACUCUGAUAAAUGAGUGUGUAGCUGCCCGUAAUGCUGAGAUUGAACCCGUUCUAACAAACACAUCAACUGGAAAUGGGGCUUACAUCCUGAAGAUGUUUCAUAUUGUGGAGGAAGGGUUGUCCUAUCGUUUUCAUGCCUCUUGGCCGUUUGUGCUGCAGAUCCUGGGCUGCUUCUACCGAGCUGCAGGAAAACAGGCUCAUCCUUUCAUGAUUAAGAGUUUGCAGUCUCUCAGUGACCUGCGGGCCACCCCUCAGUUCCCCUUUUCUGGGGAGCUGGAUCUGGCUGUGGGCAGUGCGGUGGAGAGCAUGGGUCCAGAGGUGGUCCUGAACGCUGUGCCCCUCCUCAUCACUGGGACAGAUGAUGACCUUGAGUUCCCGCGCAGCUGGCUGAUCCCGGUCAUAAGAGAUCACGUGAAGAACACUCAGCUGGCUUACUUCACAUCACACUUUUUCCCUUUGGCAAACAAACUUAAACAGACAGCUGAUGAACUGGAGCAGUCAGGACAGAAGCUGAUGGCAAAAGUGUAUCAGACUCUACAGAUGCAGAUAUGGACUAUGUUACCUGGAUUCUGCACUAAACCCACCGAUCUGUUGGCAUCAUUCAAGAACAUUGCUCGGCCUCUGGGUAUGGCCCUCAAUGAUCGCCCUGACCUCCGCCUGUGCAUCUGUCAGGCCUUGCGGACUCUCAUCAACAAGAGCUGUGAGACAGAGGAAGAGAAGUCUGAAUUAAGUCGCUUCUCCAAGAACUUCCUUCCCAUCCUGUUUAAUGUCUAUAGUCAGCAGCCUAAACCAGGAGAGAUGGCAUCUGCUAGGAUGGCUGUCCUGGAGACAAUCAGAGUUUACCUCACCAUCACAGACCAGAAGAUGGCGUGCACGUUCCUGCACAAAGCCUUGGAGAGACUCAACAAUGCAGACAACUCUGAGUUCACAAGGCUUGCAGUUAUCGACCUGAUUGUUGCAAUGGCUCCGUUUGUGGAUGAACCAUCUAUGACCCAGACAUUUGAAUUUAUUAAACCUUUUGUGGAGAGCAAGGAUGCUGGCAUCCAGAAAAAAGCCUAUAGAGUGCUUGAGGAGAUGUGUGGUGGAGAGAGAGCAUCUUGUAAGGCUUUUGUUCUGGCGAAUCUUGAGCAGCUGAAGGGAAUGCUGCUAGAUAGUCUGACGUCUGCGGCGUCACCCGCCAAACGGCCUAGACUCAAGUGUCUGAUUCACAUAGUGAAGCAGAUCAAUGAAGAACACCAUGAUUUCAUUACUGCUCUGCUUCCCGAGGUCAUUCUUUGCACAAAGGAAAUGUCUAUCGGUGCCCGCAAAAAUGCCUACUCUCUUUUGGUUGAGAUUGGAAAUGCAUUUUUGCGGUUUUGUGGGAACACAAAAGAUGCCAUAAAUGAGUUUUUAGGCCAUGUGUACAUUGGACUUACUGGCUCUGUAACGAUGAUCACCUGCACAGUUCUUGCCUUAACCAGGCUAGUGUUCCAUUACAAAGAUUCCAUAGAUGUGUCCUCAUUGGAGCAGCUGCUACACAAUGUCUGUCUUCUGCUUGGCUGCAGGACACGAGACAUUGUCAAGGCCUCUCUUGGCUUCCUAAAAGUUCUCCUGUUUUCUCUAGAUGUCAAGGUUUUAGCCAGCCAUGUUAAUGUUAUUAUGGAAGGUAUCAGCAAUAUGAAUGAUAUGCGAAGACACUUUAGGGUGAAACUCAAGAGUAUUUAUACCAAAAUGAUUAGGAAAUUUGGAUUUGAGCUGGUCAAAAGCAUGUUGCCGGCCGAUCAACACAAGGUCCUAGUGAAUAUCCGUAAAACGGAGGCCAGAAAUAAGAGACGCAAACUCGUGGUCAAGACCGAAGAGGACGACUCAGACACUGAGGACGAGACACCUAAAGUGAAAGGAGAGAGUAUUGAGGACAUUCUGGCUGAGACUGAUUCUGCUGACUCGGAUGAAGACGAGAAGCCCAAGAAGGGGCUAAAGAAGCCAAUGAAAAAGGGCCAGGCCUGGUUAAAGGAAGGUGUAUCUGACGAACCACUCAACUUCCUUGAUCCAAAAGCAGCGCAGAGAGUUCUGGCCACCAACCCCAACCUAAAGAAGGCUACCAGAGCUGAGCAUGGAUUCAAGGUGACAUCCGAUGGUCGAUUGAUCAUCAAAGAAGAGGAUGAUGAUGAUGACAAAACUAAAGACGCUGAAAUGGAUGAUGUACUCGAAGAGGCGGGAGUCAAAACUAGAAAGAAUCCAAAGUGGAAAAUGCAUGACGAUUCAGAUGAUGACAUGAAUGUGAAACCUACGAUGAAAUAUAAAGCUGGUGGCAUUGGAAUCCACAGGCCUCUGGGUGCACGGCCAGAGUUUGGGAAAGAGUAUAAAUCUAAGAAGGGAAAAGGGGAUGUUAAGAAGGAAGGCAAGUGUGACCCGUAUGCUUACGUUCCUCUGAAGAAGUCCCAGCUCAAUCGCAGGAAAAAGGCCAAACUCCAAGGCCAGUUCAAAGGCAUGGUCAGAGGGGCCAAGAAAGGAGCGCUCUCUGGAACGAGAAUACUGAAGAAGAGGAAAGCCUGAGAUGUGUCCUUGUUGUGGUCUUCUUAGAUCUGCCCUCAUCUGUGCAAUGCUUUGUGAACUUCCUGUGGAAGAGUCUCUUUAAACGAUGAUUUCAAGAGGUCCUAGUUGAUGUUUUCUAUAGUUGGAAUAUAAGAAAAUAGCAGUAUAAUAAUAGCGUUUGCCUAAUGUAUUUAUAUACUUGCUGUGUUGGACAGAAAAUAAAAUGUUCAGAAAAUAGUAUGAAGUGAAACUUUGUCUUUACAGAAAUAGUAGUUUGUAUUUCCUUCAUUCAUUUUAUGCUUUAUACUUUUUUCCCCCUUUUUUAACGUUUGAGACAUUCUAAUCAAUACACGUGAAGAAAAUUACAUGAUCAAUGAUUAUCAGUCAUGCAGUUUUUUUUUUAGGUUAAAUAAUCCCAUAUUCCCUUGUGCUUUUUGCCUGUGCAUUAUACACCUUCCCAAGAAAACAAUGGAAACAUGACAUUAGUUAAACAAUAGUGUUUUCUUAAAUUUUAGAUCUCAUUCAAGGUACGCUUUAAUAAAGUAAUCCCCAAGUGCCCUUCAAAGUCUUAAAUCUCAUAAAUGUUACAGGAGCGAUUGAUAUUGUGUACCACAGUUUUUCCACAGAGGAUAUUGGUGGUGUUAACAUAGAUCCCAGCUGUGGGUGAGAGUGAAUGAGGUCUGCUGGAGGUCAGACGUGUCCUCUUACUCCAAUAAGCUCGACUGGAUUUUCCCUGAUGGUCCCAGUGAGUGUAGAGUGAUACAGGCUCAUAUGUUUAUGGUGGCGUCUGCUGGCUUUAGCCAUUACAGCUGGCUUUGGGAACCAUCUUUCAUUGACGAUGCAUGACAAAGCCUAUUGAGUUAUUUUAUGCAUUGUGAAUGUACACCAACAUAAACCAAAACUAUGGAUUCCUAGUUCCACCCAAUAAAAAAAUAAAAUAAAAUAAUAA